CACAGCUCUGUAUUUAGGAAAAAACUAAGAAGAAGAGAUAGAUGCUCGACUGUCUCUACGUGUGACAACAUGGAUUCCAGACCCUCUCUGACUGAAGAUGAUUUCUCCUGUCCUGUGUGCUGUGACAUCUUCAGGGAGCCUUUACUCCUGGCCUGCUCCCACAGCAUCUGUAAGAGCUGCCUGCACACCUUCUGGCAGCAGCGAGGAGCUCUAGAGUGUCCUAUCUGCAGGACCGUGUCCUCCACUCCUGAGCCUCCGGUGAACGUCGUGCUGCACAACAUGUGUCAGGCGGUACUGAAGGAGCGGAACCGGCGGAUGUCAGUGGAAAUGGAGGGGCUCUGCAGUAUACACCGUGAAGCUCUUACUCUGUUCUGCGUAAAGGAUCAGAGGCCUCUCUGCACCAAGUGCAAGAACUCCAGAUUACACAGAAGGCACACUGUCUGCUCCAUACACGAAGCAUCACAAAACCUCAAGCAGGUACUCCAGAUGAAACUGAAGCCCUUACAUGAGAAGAUUAGAAUCUAUGAGGACUUCAAACAAUCCUGUGUUAAUACUGGAGCACACAUUAAGAAGCAGAGUCAAAACACAGAGGCAGUCAUCAGGAGGGAAUUUGAAAAGCUUCACCAGUUUCUCUGGGAUGAAGAGGAGGCUAGAAUAACAGCACUGAAAGAGGAAGAGGAGCAGAGAAGUCAAACAGUGAAGAAAAAGAUUGACAAGAUCACAAUUCAAAUAGCCAGCGUCUUGGACACCAUCAAAGCCACUGAGAAACAGAUGCAAGGAGAAGAUUUGCUAUUUCUUUUGAACUACAACACUUCACUUGAAAGAACUCAAGCUAAACUAGAAAAUCCAGAGAAAUUAUCUGGAGUUCUGAUCAAUGUGGCAAAGCAUCUGAGCAACCUGAGCUUCCAAGUGUCGGAGAAGAUGCACAGCUUUGUACAAUACACCCCUGUUGCACUAGACCCCAACACUGCCCACGCUGGCCUCAUAGUGUCUGAUGAUCUGAUCACGGUGGCUUAUAAAGGCGAGCUUCAGCAGCUUCCUGAUAACUCAGAGAGGUUUGAGGGUUAUGUGAGUGUCAUAGGCUCUGAGGGCUUUAAUUCAGGCACACACUGGUGGGAUGUCGAGGUUGGAGACAACACAGCCUGGGCUGUGGGAGUCAUCUCAGAGUCUGUGUGUAAGCAAAGAGAGAACCUCUCACGGUUUGGUAUAUGGUAUAUAGGUUUCUCUAAUGGCAAAUAUGGUAAAGGAUAUGCACCAGAGGUCCUGACCCCACUGCAGGUUAACAAGGCAAUCAAGAGGAUCAGGGUGCAGGUGGACUUUAACAAGGGCAAGGUGAUCUUCACUGACUCAGCCCGUAACACCUGUCUGCACAUCUUCAAACAAUCUUUUAAGGAGAGAGUUUUCCCUUACUUUUACAGCCACUGCAAACUCCAUCCUCUGAGAAUAUUACCAGCAAAAUCUUCAAUGCCCAUUCAGAUACAGAGUUAGAUAAUAACAGACAGCACUAAACUCAGGCAGAAUUUACUAAAGCUGUCUUAAUUUAAAUGCUAUUUUAACAUACAUACACACACACACACACACACACACACACAUAUAUAUAUAUAUAUAUAUAUAUAUAUAUAUAUAUAUAUAUAUAUAUAUAUAUAUAUAUACAUAUAUAUACAUAUAUAUCUAUAUACACAUAUAUAUCAUUCAUGUGAUUAUCCAACUAGCAAAUGAUGUGGCAGUGAAUCAUGCAGUGAAUCAUGUACCUUUCAUGUAAAACAGCACCACACACACACACACACACACACACACACACACACACACUCAUAUACUCAUUCACACCUAGGGGCAAUUUAUUAUGAGAAGACAAUGCUACCCGUUAGCAUAGUGGGUAGUAUUGUUGCCUCACAGCUCCGCUGUCAUGGGUUUGAGACUGAGCUCAGGUUAUUACCUGGAUGGAGUUUAGUAUGGUCUCUCCAUGUUUGCAUCAGUUCUUCUGUUUCCUUCCACUGUUCAUCAUAAACAUGCAGCUAGGUGUUUUGGCUAUACUAAAUUGCCCCUAGGUGUGUAUGAGUGUGUUGGUGGUGCCCUGUGAUGGACUGGCAGCUCCCUCAGGGUAAACUCUCCUGCCUUGCACAGAGUGAAGGAAAUAUAUAGAUGCCUUGCAUAAGUAUUCACCCCCAUUCCUGUGAAACUCCUAAAUUAGUUCUUUUGUAAAGUGACAUAAUUACACCAUCAAAUUUUUAGUUUGCUAAUAAAGAAUUACAUAUCAUUAGCACCUUUUGUCUGUACCUGAGCUUAUGGCCCUAGUUCUUUUUGUAAAAUGUUCAAUUUAAUUACAGUCCACAAAACCAUUUUAACUUGGAUUAAAAUGGAUUCAUUUAAAAUGGAUUAAUUUAAAAUGGAUAAAAUUAAUUUGGAUUCUAAAUUCAUUUGGUGGGCCAGAUUAUAACCUUUAUUGGGCCAGUCCCAGUCCAAGGUCCAUUGAUCCAUGAUUCACACCCCUGAUUUAAAGUGACCAAGCAGGAGAGUAUUGAGUGUUUCCAGAGGUUGGGAUAUUCUUGUUGCUCUGAAUUAAUUGCAAGUAAAAAUAAAGACCAUUACUGUGGUGUGGGAACUAUGUCUAAGCCAGAAAGCUACUCUGCUGCUUUCAGUUUGAUGAGCAAUCCAUUCAGUAAUUUAAUCAGACAAAAAAUUUUCAAGCUGAAGACAAAUCAUUCAAUUACGUUUCAGUUAAUUGUCUUAUUACUGUAAUCUUUACAUUAUUUUGCCUUGUGUGGAGCAGUCAUUGAUUGUGACAUGACUUGUAAAUUGCUUACUUUUCUUGGCUAUUUAUUCUUGAAUAAAGUGCUAAAUCCAAUAUCUGGUCAUUGUCCCUGUGUUUUGUAGUUGAUACAUCAUCUGUCAAACAGACGUAGAGGCUGUGUUAUGGCAUGCGCAUGUACUGAUGGGCAUGUACUGACUGAUGUUUAC